CUAGCUGUCAGUUGUAAAACUCAUAAACCUCGUAGAACAAAGUGUGCGUAGUUGAGUGAAUAUGACGAAAUUGUGUUCGACGCCUUACUGAGUUAAUAUUCCCCUGUGUGCCAACCAACGGGAAUCACCUACGAAUUUUAGAAGUUUAUUUAGCAUUUGGUUCUACACACAGGAUCAGAGCCCUUGCACAGGAUGCUUGCACGCGCCAUUGCGUGACGAUGCACUACGACUAAACACCGGUGUAACAAAAUGUUUGGACGUAAUUUUGUUUUCAGUGUGUAAUAUCGAUUUCCGCAACAUUGAAGAUAAAUUCUAUUUGCAUUUAGAGCCAGGAAUGUUAUGUCCAAUGUCAUUCUGGUCGAGCCAGCAUUUGACAGAAGGCGGAAGUGCACAAUGCACGAGAGUUCUGUUCGCAAACAGUAGGGGGAGAGAGCGAGAAAGAGAAAUGGCGCCUGGAUAUUACAUCCAUAGACAGUAACAAGAGUGAGAGACCGUCAGAAGCGAGCACUGACAGAACACAGAGACGACUCGAAUCAUGGUGAAUACAAGGAAGAGCUCAAAGACCCCGACAAGCAGUCCUUUCAUCUCCUCCAGGACAAGGUCCUCUGCAAGAAACACCCCCAGCGCAGAAGGAGCCAAAUAUAAGGAGCCUAGCAGUGAUGUCAGCAGCCCCGGUAGCCCCCGCCUGUCCCCCCCCUCCAAGCGAACCCGGCGGGCCACUCGAACCCCCACCUCCAGUGACACCUCGCCCAGCCCCCCGAGCAAGGAGACCCCUAGGGUCGGCUGGCACACACACUACUACACCAGGUUGUCCUCUGGUGCUCUUCAAAAUGGACACACGCGUAUGAGCCAACGGGAGAGAGGCGGGGGCGGGGAGUCGGAUGAUCGCGCCCGCAUGAACGGCCACGUGGAGCUGAAGAGGAGCUGCAGGACCAGGAAGAGCACCUUCCAACACCUCAACCAGAGCAUGCUCUUCGACCAGCUGAUCAACAGCACGGCGGAGGCAGUUCUGCAGGAGAUGGACAACAUCAGCAGCAUCCGGCAGAACCGGGAGGUGGAGCGGCUGCGCAUGUGGACCGACACCGAGCUGGAGAACAUGGACAUGUACUCACGGGUGAAGAGGAGGAAGUCCAUGAGGGAGAGGAGGAGCACGUUUGGCAUUCAGACGCAUCACAAGGCCCUCAGCAAGAAGGAGAGCCCACAGGAGAACCAAGAGGAGGACGGAGGAGAAUCGCAUGAGGAGGGUGACGAGGAUGACGAGGAGGAGGAUGAUGAAGGGGAGGAAGAUGAUGAAGAAGACGACGAAGACGAUGAUGAUGAAGAAGGAGAUGAGGCGGAGGAGCCUGGGGGAGAGACCGACCGGCCUUACAACCUCAGGCAGAGGAAGACCGUGCAGCGCUAUGAAGCGCCCCCUAUAGAGCCUGUGAACAGGAAGCAAAGCAACAACUCGCUGUUUGACACACACAGAUCACCUGCCCGCAGAAGCCAUAUCAGGAUUAAGAAGCAUGCAAUCCACAGCAGUGACACCACGUCCUCGUCGGAUGAGGAGCGCUUCGAGAGGAGGAAGAGCAAAAGCAUGUCCCGAGCCCGCAACAGGUGUCUGCCAGUGAACCUGCGUGCUGAGGACCUGGCUAGUGGGGUGCUGCGGGAUCGGGGGAAGGUGGGGGCCAGCCUGGCCGACGUGGACCCCAUGAACAUCGACUCCUCUGUGAGGUUUGACAGUGUGGGUGGCCUGGAUCAUCAUAUCCGUGCCCUGAAGGAGAUGGUGGUGUUUCCUCUGCUCUACCCCGAGGUCUUCGAGAAGUUCAAGAUCCAGCCGCCAAGGGGCUGUCUGUUCUACGGGCCUCCAGGUACGGGGAAGACCCUGGUGGCGCGGGCGCUGGCUAACGAGUGCAGCCAUGGCGACAGGAAAGUCUCCUUCUUCAUGAGGAAAGGAGCCGACUGCCUCAGCAAAUGGGUGGGCGAGUCCGAGAGACAGCUACGCCUGCUAUUUGACCAGGCCUACCUCAUGAGGCCCUCGAUCAUCUUCUUUGAUGAGAUUGACGGUCUCGCUCCUGUGCGGUCCAGCAGGCAGGACCAGAUACACAGCUCCAUAGUGUCCACUCUGCUGGCGCUGAUGGACGGACUGGACGGCCGCGGGGAGAUCGUGGUCAUCGGUGCUACCAACAGAAUCGACUCCAUCGACCCCGCGCUCAGGCGGCCCGGACGCUUCGAUAGAGAGUUCCUCUUCAACCUGCCUGACAAGAAGGCUCGUAAGCACAUUCUGGACAUCCAUACGCGGGACUGGAGUCCUCGGCUGGCUGAGUCCUUUGUGGAGGAGCUGGCAGAGACCUGUGUUGGCUACUGUGGUGCCGACCUGCGUGCCCUCUGCACGGAGGCCGCCCUGGCGGCGUUGCGGCGGCGCUACCCCCAGAUCUACGGGCAGAGCGCGGGGGGGCGGCGCUACCGGCUGGACGUGGGCUCCAUCGUGCUGGGCCCGGCCGACUUUGGCCAGGCCCUUCGCUCCAUCGUGCCCGCGGGCCAGAGGGCGCUGGCACCGCCCGGACGAGCGCUGGCCCCAGCGCUGCGCCCUCUCCUGGCCGGAGGACUGCAACACGCCCUCAGGGGCCUGCUCAGGGUGUUCCCCCACGCCGACAAACACACACACGCAAACUCAGACAAUCAGUUGUUGGAGGAGGACUGGUGCUGUGAUGAGGACGAGUCUGCCGGCCUCUCCAUCUACGACGCCCCCUCAGCCUCCUUGGCAUCGCCAAAGACACACCACGCCACAUCCUCGCACAGGCCACUCCUGCAUUUUACCACGUCUGCCUACAUCCAGCCCACGUCGUACCGGCCGCGGCUGCUGCUGUCGGGGCCGGGGGGGUCGGGUCAGAGUUCACACCUGGCCCCCGCCCUCUUGCAUCACCUGGAGGAGCUGCACACACACCGCCUGGACCUGCCCACGCUCUACUCCACCAGCACCAAGACACCCGAAGAGUCCUGUGCACAGGUGUUUCGCGAGGCUCGCAGGAGUGUGCCAAGCGUGGUGUACAUGCCUCACGUCAGCGAGUGGUGGGAAGCCAUCAGCGAUACAGUGAGGAGCACCUUCAUCACGCUGUUACAAGACAUCCCCUCGCUAUCCCCCAUCCUCAUCCUCGCUACUGCAGACUGCCCCUACACACAGCUGCCUGAGGAGGUGAAGGCCAUCUUCAGUCGAGCGCGUGGGGAGGUGGUGUGUGUGAGUCCUCCAGGAGAGGAGGAACGCAGGAAAUUCUUCAGCGAGCUCAUCCUGGAGCAGGCAGCCCGCGCCCCACCUCGGACACGACACAGAGGUAGGACAUUAGUAUUACUGUUAUUAGGGGAGGUGCGGGGUCCUCGCCAGCUGUCUGCGGAGGAGCGGGGUCGCCUGGAGGAGCAGGAGGAGAACACACUGCGCGAGCUGCGCCUCUUUCUCAGGGACGUCACGCGGCGCCUCGCCACCGACAAGCGCUUCCUCAUCUUCAGCAAACCCGUCGACAUCGAGGAGGUGUCGGACUAUCUGGAGGUGAUUCGUCAGCCUAUGGAUCUCUCCACCAUCAUGACGAAGAUCGAUACACACAAGUAUCUGGUGGCCAAGGACUUCCUCGCUGACGUCGGCCUCAUAUGCAGCAACGCGUUAGAGUACAAUCCUGACAAGGACCCCGGAGAUAAGAUCAUCAGGCACCGUGCGUGCAGCCUGAAGGAUGCAGCCCAUGCCAUAAUUGCCUCGGAGCUGGACCCGGAGUUCAACCGCAUGUGUGACGAGAUCAAGGAGGCGCGCAGGAAAAGAGAGGCCCUGCCGUCGCCCAUGGCAACUCAGCAGCAGCAGCAGCAUCUGCAUCAGCAGCAGCAGCAUCAGGUGAGCAGCCCUCCCACCGCUAUGGCAACCAGGAAACCCAGCACUACUGCUGCCGCUACUGCUGCCUCCACGGAGGAGACCGCCGGGAGCAGCACACACACAGAGGCACAGGAGAAGCACUGCAGCAAUAACCAGUGGAAGAGGAAGGUGCCGCGUCGGCGAUCUUGGAUGCACGGCAUCAUCAGGAAAAAGAAGAAGAAGGAGGAAACGGGGGAGGAGAAGGAGGAAGCGGAAGAGGAGGAGGGCACGGAGGACGGGGAGGAGUCGCUUAGCAGCCCGCAGCCCGAAGUCGCGCCGACAGACCCCGCACAGCACAAUGGCCACGUUUUGUCGGCCGAGGAGGAGGAGGAGGAAAGUUCGAGCGAGUCCCUCGCAGUCAGACCGGUCCCCGAGCCCGAGGCGGAGCCCAACAACGGCAUUGCUCUGGAGUCCGACCCCGCCCAGCAGUUAGAGAACGGGGACGAGUCAUUGUCCAGUCUGGACAGCCACACGCCCACAGCAACGGCGGACUCAGACUCGCGGGCGGAAGGGGACGGGGUGACGGCGGCGAACACCACAAGGAACUCUGGGGAGUCAGGGCAGCGGGCAGCGACGGGGUCUGGCGGCGCCGGGUCAGGCAUGGGGGAGAGCCACCUCCCCAUGGUGCAGGAGGAGGAGACAGAAGCUCAGGGAGAAGGAGCCGCUGAGGAGAAAAUGGACACUCAGCCGGCGUCCAGCCCAGCAGCCAAUCAGCAGAGCCAGGCCAGCCCAUCAGCCAAUGAGAAGAGCCAGGGGCCGGGAGCAGAGGUGGAGGGGAGCGAGGCUGACCAGGAGAGAGAAGGUGGGAUCAAAACCCAGAUGUGCCGAAAGAGCCAAUCGGAGGAACCUAGCAGCCAAAGGAGCCAUUUGGAGGAGGCGAACAGUGGAACGGGACAAUUGGAAGAGCAGCAGGGCGCUAAAGCAGCUGGAAGGACUGCGGUUGUGCCGCAGUCUCCUCCUCCCACGCCUGCUCUGGUGGUGGAUCACCAGCGUCUUGCGGCGCUGCUUGAUGAGGUGGUGCUAAAGACUGCAGGCUUCAGUGUGGACGAGCUGGAGAGGCUCUACUCUCAACUCAGCCAGGUCAUAUACCUCCACCGCAGGGACUAUGACAAGACACAGCUCAUAGAGGCCAUGGAGAGGCGAGUGCGGCAUUUCGAAACAUUCCUGUAAAAGAGGUGCGAGCGGAGCGGAUUGGAGCGGAGCGGACUUCAGCGCACCGUACCACGGACUCUCCGAGCAGAGAGAAGACCAGCCUACUGAGCCACAAAACCCUGCCCCCUUCAAGACUCCACACAGAGAAGCGCCGCCUCUCUUCUCCACGGCGUGCAGGUUGUACUGUCGAAGUCUUAAACGAGGACAACCGAAAACUUAAACAAAUCAAACGAGGACAAGAACGGCACACGGACAAAUG